AUGGCGUCCCGAGAGAGAGCCGAGAACGUUCCGAAGCACUAUUCAGUCAAUUUCCUAGAUCAGUGUUUGGCUCCAAAUAUUAAAAUCAUGGAGGAUACUGCAAGCCAUUCUAGUCAAAGGUAUACAUUUUUUUCAUUCUUUAUACUGCCAUUAGUCUUCUGGAAAUUUAUACCCUGCAUGUUGGAUGCUAGAACUGUGAUGUAAUGUCAAUGUAUAGCUGAUGUUGUGAUAGUUAUAUAAAAAUAUAAAGUCAAAUAUGUUGAAGAAUUCUGGGGCCCCUGAAGAAAUUCUGGGAACAGGGGCUGUAGUGAUAUUAGUCCAAUUGCAUGCUAGGAGAGUUACCAAGAGGUUUCAUGAGAUAAAGUUUCCCAGGACCCAAGCGCUGUUAUGUAGAUCUCUUCCAUGUUCAAUUCUGUCAUCCCAGGCACAUUCCUUUAUCGGAGAAGAAAACUUCAGCAUGCAGUUUAAUAGCAAACUUUAUAGCAGCCCUGUGAGUCUUGAUCACUUAUUUAACGCCCAUUCUGUAUGUUAGCAGAUGCUUACAGUUCACAGUGGGCAGCGGCGUAGCCAGCUCGAUAAUUGGGGGGGGGGGGUCCAUAUUCAUAGAUUCGUGUUCUGCAUUAUUAAUUUCUUUUGAAAUCUAUUGUUUUUAAAGUCUGUGAACAUGAAUAUAUGAAUAUGGACCCCCCUAAUUAUCCGAGCUGGCUACGCCGCUGACAGUGGGAUUGAUGUCUUGUACUCAGGUGCUAUAUAUGUUGCUACAUGAGCACUGGCCAUGGCUUGUGUGUCCUUUGCAUGCAUGAUUAUUUUGAUCAGUUCCAUGUGUGCUUGAUGGCGUGAGACACAAUCCAAAGUGCCAGCAUUGGUAUGGUGCAGGACUGCAGGUGUCAUUGUUUAGUUAGUAUGUGUUUUGGAAGAAAGUUCAAUUUAAUUUCUGGAAAUAAUUCUGAGAGUUAUGCCAUGCAUGUUAUGAUCCAAGAAUGUUGGUGAAUUGUUGGAUGGUGUUAAAUUGAUUUGAGAUGUAAGCCAUAAGGUGGCUCGAUAUAUUAAUACACACAAAAUCCCUUAUACACAAGGGCGUAGGAACCGGGGGCACAUGUUUUAUUGUGAUGAAAAGUGCCCUUUUUGUACAAGCUAAUGUCGCGGUAAAUACUAAAAUAUUAACAUCAAAGGUGCCCGUUUUGUCUGGAAAUUUCCAUGUUUUUAAAAAGUGGUAAAAACAUGCCAUUUUGGUAUAUGGUAUGACAGGAAAACUUUUCUGAACAACUGAUCUUUUGUACCAAGGCCUCGUUUACACUAUAACGGAUUGCAUCAAAGCAUAGCGAUUUUCAUACCGGAUUUGGCUGCUGUUUACACUAUGCCACAGUAAUCCGGCACGCGACGCGGAGCAAAAAUCACUCCGCUUUGGAGGUGAUAUGAAAAGUAAUCCGGUAUGUGCCAGAGUAGUGUAAACAGUCCAAUCCGGUACGCUUCAAAUCUGUUUUGGUGUAUAUGUUCUAACAUUGUCGCCUUUGUGUUACUUGUUGUUUUUAAUAAGUUUUAGUAUACAGUAUUGGCAAAGAUAUAUUACUUGCUCCCAUGGCAACAGCGAGACAUGAGCUGGCAACAGAACAAAGUGGCAUGCAUAGUGUAAACACCCUUGUUUUUUACUUUGGAGUGAAAAUUAAUCUGGUAUGAAAAGUAAUCCAGUAUAGUGUAAACAGGGCCCAAGUUAUAAUGUAUCACAGACUAUACUUUUAUCUUCAAGAUGGCAAUUAUUAAUUAAAUAACUAAAUCAGUUUUACGAAAUACUGUAGUACGUCAUUUUUGAAAAUAACCAUGCAGGCUAUAAGUAUAAAGUAGACCUGGUUGAGGAAAAUAACUUUGUUUGAAAACUUAGAGUGGAGGAAGGGGAGCAAAAUUGAUGUUUCAAGUACUGACAAAGUAAUCGGCGGUAAAGCUUAUGCCACCCGCCAUAUAGCUCCGGUGGCGGCUGGCUUAUCUUGAAAGCCCUGUAUAUGUCAAUUGCUGAUGUCAUUAGAAAUGCAGUGAUCUAUGUUACUUGAAAUUUUGCACACUGUAUUGUAAAUGCCAAAAAUAUUUUAUCGCAAAAAAAGAACAUUUUUGUGGGGGUUUUUUUUAAAUAAUGGCAUAAUGCAUGAUUACAGAAAUUUUUUAUAUUUUGCAUAUUAUUGUUAGUUUAUGUUGUAAGUAAAAUAGUGUGUGAAAAAAGUGGGGUCACCAUGCUUUUCCAGCUACACAAAGUAUGUGUGUGUUGCCAUAGUAACAAACUAUGUGCCAGUCAUGCAGGUUUUAAAAUAAUGACCAGACGAAUGGUCAAAUUUGUAUGGCGCAGUUCAUAUUAGUAACCAGCCACAUUUUAUUGGCUCUGGGAACGAGAGUAAUUUUUAGAUGUUGUGGACCUGUUAAAUAUCAUCAUGAUGUCAAUUUGUAAGCUUAGGGUUUCUUCUGGUGUGUGGAUCUUCACUGUAUUGCUGCCUGCCAAAACAAUUUACUUAUUUGAAUACGAGGCAAUGCAACAGUACCAGGCCCAAAAAAAGAAUAUCAGGAUCUCGUAUUUCUUGUUACCAAAACGUAGAUAGGGUAGGUCGGGUUUGGAUAUUCCAAGUCAAUUACGGCAGUACGGAUGGCACAAACGUUAAUUAAAUGUUAUAUCAAUUUUGAAAUAAAAAGGUUAUGCUCUAUAUAGCUACACUUAUACUACAAAACUAAACGCCACGAACUGGGAACUCCAAGCUUCAGAUCAAAAGAUUAGGGUCUGUGAUUUCAGUGGCUAAAAAGCUAGAUAGGGUCAGGAAACCAGAAACCCAGGUAUUUUUUCUUUGGCGAUUUGGCCCCAGCAUAAUAUUGGGUCAUUGAAGAAAAGAUGCGCACUCCCCCUAUGAUGAAAUUUGUGCCAUGCAUCCGGAGGGGGAGGGGGCAAAACUAAACUUCUGGUAUGAUACUAAAAAGUACUAGGAAGAGGAUUAAAUUCCAUUUUCCUCCCUGAGGAAGAUGUGAAUGUUUUAAUACUUUUACUGAAGUGACUCUAAGCAUAUAUAGAGGAUGUUACACGGCGGCGCGAAGAUAUGACUUUUAUCUUCGAGUGGUGAAAACAAUAUUUUACGAACGAGCGUGCGCAGCGAGUGAGUAAAAUAUUGUUUUUAACACGAGAAGAUAAAAGUCAUAUCUUCAAGCCACCGCGUAAUGUUCUGUUUAUUAUAUAGUCCCAAGCAAAAAAUUGUAUAAAUAUACUAAAAGUCACGUCAUCGAUAUCUUCACUAGUGAUUUAGAUAUGGAAAAUAUCUCGCUGUGUAUUUUUCAGUAUCUCACUCUCUAUACUAUAUAUAAUAAAAUAUAUGAUUGUUUGAUUGUCUGUGGAAAGGCUUGUGUUUCCAGCCGGAAAUCAUGUUUGACGAGUCACAAAAUAAUGAAACUGAGCAGUCACUAUAUGAGCGGUCAUCAUGAAACAUUAUUUUGAACCCCGGAAGGGUACAAUCACUAGCAGAAUCACUUGACUCCUAUUACAUUUAUUUCAGGUCAGUUGAUGAAGAAGAACUUGAUCAUGAGAAUACAAUGUCCAUUCUUGUUGGUAGGUACUGUUCUUAUCCAAUGUCACGAAAAAGACAAGUAGACUGUCAUGUCGGCUAGCCUACAUAUUUAUAGACCAAUCAAUCAUAUAGAGUAACAGACUGUAAAAUUAGGAUGUGACUAUUUGCACUUAAAGAGAGGCCCUAAAUGAGGUGUGUAUCUGAAGGUUGGACCUCUUACAUUUUCCACCGGCGUUUGAUUAUUAAUAAAAGAACUAACUCCGCGUGCGAGCACAAGAUUCUCGCCACCUGCAUGCGCGUUCACACCCUAAUUUUUCCCGCGCGCUCAGAAUUAGGAAAGGAUAGGCUGAUGGGAUAUAUCGAUAUUUUCGAUAAAUAUCGAUAUUACAAGUAUAUCGAUAUUUCAAAUAUAUCGAUAUCGCAUAUCGAAAAUAUCGAAAGUUUUAACGAGAUAACUUAAUCUCCUUUAAUUUUUUUUCGGCAUAUUGUCCGAUAAGGUUUAGAAAACACGUGCAUGACAGCGAUUGCGAAUUCAAGUAAAGCAAGCACGUGCGCAAUUUUAAAGUGUUAACAGAGUAGUAGUGUGAUGAUCACAGAAGAUUACCCCGCACACAAGCGGCAGUUGAGCGCUUGAAAACAAUAACUGUGUGAUGAUCCAUGCAUAAAGAUGGAAUCUGUACUACUUUGGAUAAUAAUCUUAAUGGCAUGUAUCGGCGCAGGUUUAAAAACAAUGUAUUAAAAUAUCACAGCUCGUUCUAACUCACUGUUCUGUUGCGAAGGAAAGUCUAGACAAUAUAUCGAAUCAACGAAGUCCUGUUUGGAAUUACUUUAAGAAAAGUGACGAAAAUGAUGACCCUUGCAUAUUUGUUUUGCAUAGAUUAAGUUGCAUAUUUACACCCCAAUGUGCUCUACUCGAUUAUUUUACUCUCCGAUUGCAAGAGGAGAGUGCUGGCACUCAAUGGGUUAAGGUUCAGAGGGCUUAUAGUUGCAUUUUUCGCAACUGCUCCUGGUUUAUAGGUCUGGUAAAUGUUUAAAAUUCACACUCGAAGUUUUCAUCUACAAAACUCUUCUACAAAUAGUUGUAUCGAGUGUAGAUGGCCCAAAUUCUAAAACGUGUAAUUAUAUAACACUAAUACACUAUAGUGACAUCUCUGAGUCAAGUACAGGCGGAUCGAUUCCAAAUGUUUUUACCAUCGAUACCAGAGUUUGAAAGAAAAAUAUCGAUGCUGUCUAAUAUAAAAGGAUUAACUGCUGAGCCGCCUUUUGGUCAGCGGACACCAACAAGAAACGUACUGAAAUGUGGUGGAGUUGAAAGACGAAGGGAUCAGUUGGUUUUAUAUUACCAAGGUUUCAUUUCUACGUUAUUUGCCAUAUUCGUACAUCAGCCCACAUGCCAUACAGAUACCAAUCUCAUUGAUCUAUACUUACGCGUAUUCGCGUUCUCUCUCUUUUUGCCACGUACCACGUAGGUACGAGGAACUCUUGAUACCUGCGUACUUGUUUUUUGCUGGUACCAUUAUGACCUUUCCAAGCACAGGAAAUUUUGUUACAAAAACAUUUAAUGGUUUUGAAGAUGGGAAAUAAUAUUAUUCCCAUUUGUAAUCAUUCAUGAGUUAAUGGUUAAUUAAACGAUUGAUGGGUUUUAUUGAUAUUCACAUCACGAUAAUUAUAUAUAGUUUUUAAGUUUUACCAUGAAUGAUAUGGAUGGGUUUGUUCUAUAUUACAUCAUGGUGAUCAUAGCUUUUACUAUGAGUGAGAAUGGGUUAAUUAUAUUAGUAUUAUUUAUAAUAAAUGAAACUUAAUAGUACCAUUAAUCUGAAUUAUAAAAUUCCGACAGUUUGUAGAGAAAAAAGCAUUGAUGGAAAUUGUAUAUUUAUUUAUUUUCACAUCAACGGUUUUCGGUAAUUUGAAUGGUUUUAAUGUAUAGGAAAUACAUGUUGAAAAUAAUAAACCAUUAUGUAUACUACGCUUAUUUUUUCACAUUAAUAUUAGUUCUUGCAUUCGUAAAUGGAAAUUAUCAAUAUACUAUUCUAGAAAUUACAUUUUCCAUUCAUGCAUGGGUGUUUUUCCUGUGAAGUCAAAGGUAUUCAAAAACAUGAAACAUGACUGGAAUGAUGGGACCAAAGAGUCGAUUGUAUUUGUCGUGUAUGUACUGUGACUGUGUGAAUGUACUGUAUAGAUGUAUUAACUCUUCAUAGCUACUCAUUGUAAAUAUUGUACUUGUUAAUAUAUAUUAGUUAAUUUAGUGAUAGAAGAGCCAAUUCAAUUUGGAAUCGCUAAUAAAUCAUUAUUAUUAUUAUUAAAUUUGGACUAAAUAUAUACCCUCCAUCCGUCAAGUUCACUCAGUGCCAAACAGUCUCUCGUAAAGCCUUAAAAACCUCUCCAAAUGAUUGUAUAAGAAAUUUAUGGAAAUCAACUUGCAACAAUACUAACAUACAGUACGACGUCUACACCUCAACAAAGGAAGUUCUUAAAAGUUUCAAAUCUGCACAAGAGGACAAGCUUCAAAAUCAUCUGCUUCUCCAAGGCUCCUUUUUCUCUAACACCACCAAGUUCUCGUUGUCUACACUAAACAACCUAUGGUCCAAAUCUCAAUCCAGCUUGCCAAAAAGCAUCUAUAACUUCACCAUCCGUUACAUCAACAACACUCUUCCCACACGCAAAAACCUCACAAAAUGGGGAAUAAUGUCAAAUUCGGAUUGUUCCCUCUGCCUGAACCCUGAAACCCUUCUGCAUGCAUGUAGUCGCGGGAUGCCAGUCAUACCUUCCACGAUUUACUUGGAGACAUGACUCCAUUCUCAAUUUUGUCGCAAAAAUAUUCCAACCUGAACACAACUCCACGCUAUUUGUUGAUCUUCCUGGAUACAAGAGCCCAUCAGUAAUAACCGGUGACACUUAUCGCCCAGAUCUGCUUCUUUCGAUUUCAAAUGAUUGUCUGUACAUACUCGAACUCUCUGUCGGAUAUGAAUCCAAUCUCCAAAACAACGUCGAUCGCAAAAGGGAAAGAUACAAGGAUCUAAUUACGCAGCAGAAAGACCAUUUCAAAACUGUCAAAUUUAUUAAUUUGUCUAUUAGUGCCUUAGGUGUUUUCUCAAAAGAAUGUAGCACGUUUAUAAAAAUGUUGAACGAAGUUGGUCUUGAUAAAAAACAUCAGAACUUUUGUGUUAAGAAAAUAAUGUCCAUCGCCAUCAGAACAACGUACUAUAUAUUUUGUUGUAGAAACAAGGAUUGGUCCGAUCCGGACUUGAUGAACAUUUAAGAAUGAGCUUUCUCUUAGUUUUAUACCUGUAAUAUAGUUUUAUCAAUAAUUAAUAGUCAAGUAGUCAAUUAUAAAUUACCUUAAUUAGUGAGAUUUAUAAUUGUAUAUACAUAAAAUGUCAAAAUAAAGUUUCCAUUAUUAUUAAUUAUCUCACCGUGGACUUUGGCUUUAAUAUCGAAAUCGAAAAAAAAAAUGCAAAUGUCCAAGCAUGGAGUAUGGUAUUCGCUCAUCAAAUGUCACUCACCAGGCAUCACUAGUUAAAGUACUUGGCUACGUUCAAAGAAAGAAACAAACAAUUUAGUUCGGUUAAAACACUUUGAUUCCUCCGUCAUAAGCCUAAGUCCCUCUAAGGAUAGCCUGUACACAGCCUGAAAUUAGCGAGAAUUUCAAACUGUACACAGGCUAGGCUAAGGAAGAUGGAAGGCUUUGUUUUUAAAGAUUUAAUGAGCGAAAGAGUUCGCCAGAUUGUGACAUUCAUUAACGAUGAAUAUUCUUCAAGAUUUUUCUCCUCUUGAACUUCAAACAACUUUUACAGUAAUUACGACGUGUUUAUACGUCACGUGAUUUUCAAACAAUGAAUUAUUGACCCAAGCGUAUCCCACAAUGCACUGUGCAUUCCGGAAGUCCUCCGUAUUAAAGAUCUCCUGACGUAAACACUUCUAAGGUCUAUUACACGGAUUGUACUUCAAAAAACCUGGAAUAUUCUUUUGAGUUGUGGGUCACGAAUUUCUUACGAUCGUAAAUAUAUUGAUCGUAAAUAUAUUGAUACUAGGCUCUAAUCUAAUGCGAGCUGAUAGACGCUUUGAUGUUUGCCGACUUUCCCUUUUGCAGUAAUUAUCCCAAGAGAAUAAUUAUGUGGGUAGUAAUUGUAAGAAAUUGGAAUUUUUUAAUGGGUCACAAAAUUCUUCCUAUAUCGUAAAUAAUAUAUUCAUCGAAUGUAUAGGCUCCAGUGUAAUGUGAAGGUUGAGUAGCUAAACUAGAGACAUUAUUCUGAGAUCUUAAUAAAGAAACCUGUUGAGAAUUUGAGGGUUUCUAGUAGGCUCCUAGACCUAUAGACCUAUAUGGUAAAGUUAAAAUCACAAAAAAAACACGUCUGCGUGUUAAUAAAAAUCACAUAAAACACAAAACAAAUCUGAUGUUUUGUAAUCAAUAUAUAUAUUAUUUAAAAUUUAGAAUACAGUAAAUUGUUGACAUCGAUGUAAACUAUGUAACGACAGACUACGGAGCAAUGCUUCCUAAGAAUUUAUCAACCGUUCCUGCAUGUAUAUAGUGUUGUAGGCCUAUAUAUGUAUUAAAAAUGUUUGCCAUUUGCAAUUGUCACUACUAACUUGCUUAAAAAGAGAAACCGGGAACUUUUUAUUUGGCCUGUAUACACAAACGAAAUAUGAAAGACCAUGACCAUGCAGCCGACUACUUAAAAAAAUAAAGUAAAAAACAAAUUCCGAAAAGACAAGACAUCUUGAGAAUUCAAUAUAUAUGAUUCAAAACAAGACGCGGGUUGAGACUGUAAAUUUUCCACUUUAUUACUUCAGACAGAAUGAAGAUGACUUUGAAAUAAAGUCGAAUACUUACAGUCUCAACCUACGUCUUGUUUUGAAUCGUGUAUUGAAUUCUCCAGAUGUCUUGUCAUUCCGGAAUUUGUUUUUUACUUUACAAACGAAAUAUGGUCUUGUAAAUCGCCCACCAAAGUCUUUGUUUCAUCUUUUUGGCCCUGCAUGUAUAUAUGCAAACUUAUUUGCAAUUAUUGAGGGGAUAUAUUUGUAUAGAUGGAAAUUUCGAGUGGAGUUUUGAUAUCCUUCAACAAUUAGAGUUAUAUCGAGUGGGAUGCCCAAAAAUCCUGAAACUUAUAUGCAUGCAUGUUGAAGGCAAUGAAUUUUUGUGGCAUAAAGAAGCAUUCCAAUCAUUCAUGCAGUCCACACUGAUCUAAGAUCAGUGGCAGUGCCAAGUCGAGUCAGUCGACCCACUAAAAAAAUAGGUAAAAUUUCAAGAAAUUUUGUGCAAACGCAGUAAGAGACGUAAGUUCAUAAACGUAAGUUCAUAAACGCUUUGAAGUUUGCCGAGUCUCCAGACCGAUGACGGCUUGAUAUUGCUGUUCUUAUAUCAUGUUUAUGCAUGGGAAUCAUGAAGCUAUAAUAUUUCAUUUGUUCAACUAUGUAGUGCGGAAUUUAUAAAAUCAAUGAUGUCGGUACUUGUCUUAUGUUUUCAAAUAUUCGUUCUUUUCUACAAAACUCAAGUACGCUUCCGACUUCGGCAGAAACGUCUGGCAACUUCGGCAAAAACAGCUUCAUGACAUCCGUUGCGGGUGGGAAGGUGUUCCGACGUUAACAAUGACCACACACAAGUGACGAUUACUAAACGGCGAUUACUAAACUUUGGGUUCAAAAUCUACUAAAUUGAUUAGAAUUUUACCAAAAUUUGUUUUCACUCAGGCUUUUAGCCAGAAGGGUGUCCAGGCGUCCUGGGACGCCCCCUAGAACGAAAAGUGGACGCCCAAAUUCUGGGGGAAAAGGGAAAUUAUUUUCAAUGAUUCCCUAAGUAUAUUAAUAUAUCCGAAACGAAAUAGCUUCAAUUCUCAUUAUUAUUAUUAUACAUUUGACAUUUUGAUCAAUUUGAUGGUGUACCUGGCUGAAUCAAAAUGUCGUAGUUAAGUAAAGAAGCAAUAGUGGCACAAACUCACAAAGCCAAGUGUGUUUGAAAAAUUUCAAACGAGGUUGGAAAGAUACUAACAUGAAGUAACAUAAACUUCAAAGGUUUUCCAGAGGAACGUUUUCUCGACCCCCCCCCCCUCUUUACUGUAGAUGUAUCGUUAUGUCAAAAUUGGACGCCCUCUUUUAGGACCCUGGCUAAAAGCCUGUUUUCACUCCAGUUUGAUAAAAACCCGCGGUAACAAUGUACAUACCACCAUGAAGAUCCCGGGGACAUAGUUGAUGAAUGUGGUAAAAGUUUGAAUAAGUAUUAGGGUACUGCAUGCAGGUAAUUGUUUAAGUCCAAAACAAUUUCAAUAGUGUUAUCAUGGCUUGGACAAGGCGACUUGAUACACUAUUAUAGUACAUGCAGAGUUGCAAAAAAGCUGUUUUACCAUGUUUUAGCUGUUUUUUUGAGGUCAGAAAUGGGCCCCAUAAAUUAUUUCUAAACUGAUUAAAUGAUGCUCCCAUUAAUGAGGUUAAUGAAGAUGAAUUAGGAGAUGAGAAAACUCACAUGCCCGUGAGUUUAAAGAAGCGUGGCAUAGUUUAGACAAACAAACAUUCAAACGUCACAUUGACAUCCCUACAAUUAGGCAAAUAGGGGUAUAAUAAAUUGUCUUGUCUUCAGUAAUAGUUUUUUCUAACGGACCAUAUCGCUAAUCCAGUUGUCAAUUUAUAUAAAACCAUAGUAUAUACUAUUAUUCUUCAAAUGGAAGUCGAAAUACGAAAUUUGGCACACUCCUUGGAGACAAAAACAAUAGAAAGGGAAUGAAACUGACGUCCAAUAGGAUCUUUGACUUAACUUUUUGGACUCGAGUUUUCGCUGCAGAUAUGUAUCGAGUUCAUAGAUAUCUUAUAUACACUAGCUAGUGCAUCUAAUUAUUCUGCAAUUCGAAAAUUGAAGCCGUGAUUGCAGACUCAGGAUAUGCCCAUGAAAAGAGAAGACUCGUAUGUUUUCUAUUUCUUAAACAAGGAACUUAAACAUUAAGUUGAACCUAUUUCAAAUACAUUUUCAAACUGUUCAAAUGAUGAAAGUUAUUGUUGUUUUUUAAGCGUUUAUUUAAUAGCGAGUGGGAAACUCCAACAUGGCCGCCAUCUAUUCAAAUGGGGGUAACCGCUGGAAUAUUAUUGGCUUCAAUUUUACUAAAGGGGAUGCGCUAUCUAGUGUAUAUAUAAGAUAUCUAUGAUCGAGUUCACUUGUCCUGUUUUGUCUUGAACGAGAAUCGAAUGAAAGGCAGGGUUGUGAGACCCAUGGCCGAUCCCAUUAAGCCACCAGUAUUUCUGUAGCUACUGACCUUUUCUGAUAUUUUCCUCUUCUAAUUCUUCUAGCGACUGACAAUCACAUUGGUUAUAUGGAGAAAGACCCCGAGAGAGCAUCUGAUUCCUUAGUGACUUUUGAAGAGAUAUUACAAAUCGCUGAAGAGAAAAAGGUAUUAGCCUAUAUUUCUUGUUUAUAUGAGAACUAAACUAGUACAAAGCAUGAAAAUGAAUUGCAGAAUACAGAAUAUUUACAAGCUAUCGGGUCCAAACAAAGUCUGUCCAAAGGUAAAGGUAGUCCAAAGUUGAAGUGGGGACCCAGACAUUGUUUUCUAUUGUGUCAUUAUUUUUAUGAGGGACGCUUAUAAAAAUAAUGACAUAUAGAAUACAAUGUCAGGUCCUCACUUGAACUUUGGCCUACCUUAUCUUUGUAUAUGCAAACUGUUCAAGGUGAACAAUUUCAUAGCUUGCCUCAUACAUGGAUCAUGCUGGAAUUCCACAAAAUCGUGUGAUUUCACAAUCCCACGCAAUUCGCGCGAGAUUUUUCAAAUUUGCAAUGUUAAAUAGAAAAUCACGCGUUAACUGAUUCACGCGGUAACUCCUACGAUUUUACGGGAAUUCUGAAUCAUAUAUUGACGACUGCACUUAUACAUUACUUAGUAUUAUUAGUGUAUAUAUACGUGAACGUGUGGUUAGAGUUCGACAACUGAACUCUUGCAGUAGGGUACUAGCUAAUUUGAUAUAGAGCGCUCUACCGGAAUCGCUGGUUCGAUUCCCGCCAGAGGGCCUAUAUAGUUGCAUUUUUUUUCAGCUGCGCCUGUUUAAGUUUAAUUAAUGUAUAAAAUUUUGCACACCAUUUACAAAACCCUUCAACAUUAUCCCUAAUAGACUUUAUUACAUUCUUGCCCCAAUGGCCUCGAUUUCAUGUUUGCCUGUUUUAGCAGUUGCACAUGAAGGUCAUAUCCCCAUGUGUCCAGCAAAUAUGUUUCUCUUUGAUCUUAAUCCGAAUCACAAACCUCAGGGUUCGAAUUAGCGGCUCACUAUUCGCAAUUUGCGAAUGCAAAAUCAUCCAUUUUGCGAAUGAUGUUUUGCAAAAACAUUAAAACAAUAACAGGGUAAUUGAUUUUCACAAUCACUUCGAAUGUAUUUUACUAUAAUGUAAGAUAUGGAGUAUUUUGCUGAUCAUUAUUGUAAUUUUGUACCAAAAGGAUGUGUGAAAUGAAGAAUAUGGCUACAAUUUCUUCAGAAAAUUUACGAAUUCAAAUUCGCAACGAAACGACCGCCAUUUUGUUUUUCGCAAGCAGUGUUUCCACUUUAAAAAACCCUGAAAUUUCCUUCAAAUUUUCAAGAAGGAAAUUUGCGAAUCGAUUUUUCCUGUCUAAUUCGAACCCUGAACCUACAGUAUCCCUAUUGUGCAGGAAACAUGGGGAAAUAACCACAUGAAAACGAGGCAAAUGGAGCGAGAAUACAAUAAACAAUACAGUUUAUUGAUCCAUGGAGUUACUCCGAGUACCCGCGCACAGGGCUCGAAAUAGCGGGCUGCCAAUGGUCAAAAGCAGUCCAUAUUUUAGCAAUGGCAGGCAAAAGCAAAUUUGAACUGCCAAGUAAAAAAAAAUGGCAGGUGAAAUUCUAUGGAGUACAGAUAUAUUUCAUUUCAUUUGCUUCACAUCGCUAUUUUGGCAGUUCAAUGCAUGAAUAAAACCGGCAGGCUAAAAUUUAUUUCACCUGCCAAAAAAAAUUUAGACUUCAUGGCAGCCAAACCCCAGUUGCAAACGAUAAAAGCACGUGCUCUCGCGUUUCUUAUACUCGUAUAACAUUGUUUUUGCUGUUUGUUAGGUUGAUUUUAUUUUACUUGGUGGUGAUUUGUUCCAUGAGAAUAAACCAUCGCGGAAAAUAGUUCAUAAGACCAUGGAGAUUAUACGAAAAUAUUGUAUGGGAGACAGACCGUGUUACUUGGAGUUUCUAAGUGAUCAGUCCAUCAAUUUCGCUGCUAACAGGUAUUUAUACCAAUUAUGAGUUCAAAUUCACAUUUUCACAAGCAUAGAUGGUACAAAGGUAACCAAGUAUUUGAGUUACGGGGCCAUUCACAAAGGAUGUCCGAG